UUGCGGAGACUGAGGGCGGGGUGCGGGGCGCAGGCAAGCAGCAGAUCCUCCGCAGCUCCCAGGCCGGGGGAUACUCAAAGCUGGAGCGAAGCAGCCGAGGUCCCCGCGGCACUGCUUGCCCGGGUCGGCGCUCACGGCCCUCCCCCAGCUCUCUUCGCGCCCCACCCCCGACCCCUCCGAGCUCCCGGGCGCCGCACCGCUCCCCACCUCCGCUCGCGCGGCCCUCCAGUCGGCGUUCCCGGGCCCGCUCGGCGUUCGGCGCCCUCCCCGCGCGCAGCCCCUAGCGGCGCGUCACUGCGAGGCCGGCCUCCGCGCACCUCCCUCCUCCUCCUCCCCCUCCUCCUCCUCUCCCGCAAGACGCGAUCCAGGUUGGGGAGGCGGGGAAGCAGCCGGAGCGCGACAGCCGCGGCAGCCACUCUGCAGCCGCCCGACGGAGGCGCGGUCCCUAGGCCCUGGUGCCCGGGCGGGCCCCUGGGGGAGUGGGUGCCGCCGCCAGGCUCACCCCAGCCCGGCGUGGGGGGCGCAGAGGAUUUCUCUGGUGAUCUUGAAAGAGCCCGUAUCAUGGAAUCGAUCUCUAUGAUGGGAAGCCCUAAGAACCUUAGCGAAACUUUUUUGCCAAAUGGCAUAAAUGGUAUCAAAGAUGCAAGGAAGGUCACUGUGGGUGUAAUUGGAAGUGGGGAUUUUGCCAAAUCGCUGACGAUUCGACUUAUAAGGUGUGGCUAUCAUGUGGUUAUAGGAAGUAGAAAUCCCAAGUUUGCUUCCGAAUUUUUCCCUCAUGUGGUUGAUGUCACUCAUCAUGAAGAUGCUCUCACAAAAACAAAUAUAAUAUUUGUUGCUAUACAUAGAGAACAUUACACCUCCCUUUGGGACCUGAGACAUCUGCUUGUGGGUAAAAUCCUGAUUGAUGUGAGCAAUAACAUGAGGAUAAACCAAUACCCAGAAUCCAAUGCUGAAUAUUUGGCUUCAUUAUUCCCGGAUUCCCUGAUUGUCAAAGGCUUUAAUGUUGUCUCGGCUUGGGCACUUCAGUUAGGACCUAAGGACGCCAGCCGGCAGGUCUAUAUAUGCAGCAACAAUAUUCAAGCUCGACAACAGGUUAUUGAACUUGCCCGCCAGCUGAAUUUCAUUCCUGUUGACUUGGGAUCAUUAUCAUCAGCCAGGGAGAUUGAAAAUUUACCCCUGCGACUCUUUACUCUCUGGAGAGGGCCAGUGGUGGUCGCCAUAAGCCUAGCCACGUUUUUCUUUCUUUAUUCCUUCGUCAGAGAUGUGAUACAUCCAUAUGCUAGAAACCAGCAGAGUGAUUUUUACAAGAUUCCUAUUGAGAUUGUGAAUAAAACCUUGCCCAUAGUUGCAAUUACUUUGCUGUCCCUGGUAUACCUAGCAGGUCUCCUGGGAGCUGCUUAUCAGCUUUAUUAUGGCACCAAGUAUAGGAAAUUUCCGCCUUGGUUGGAGACCUGGUUACAGUGCAGAAAGCAGCUUGGAUUACUAAGUUUUUUCUUCGCUUCGGUCCAUGUUGCCUACAGCCUCUGCUUACCAAUGAGAAGGUCAGAGAGAUACUUGUUUCUCAACAUGGCUUAUCAGCAGGUUCAUGCAAAUAUUGAAAACUCUUGGAACGAGGAAGAAGUUUGGAGAAUUGAAAUGUAUAUCUCCUUUGGCAUAAUGAGCCUUGGCUUACUGUCCCUCCUGGCAGUCACCUCUAUCCCGUCAGUGAGCAAUGCUUUAAACUGGAGGGAAUUCAGUUUUAUUCAGUCUACACUUGGAUAUGUCGCUCUGCUCAUAAGUACUUUCCAUGUUUUAAUUUAUGGAUGGAAACGAGCUUUUGAAGAAGAGUACUACCGGUUUUACACCCCACCAAACUUCGUUCUUGCUCUUGUUUUGCCCUCAAUUGUAAUUCUGGGUAAGAUCAUUUUACUCCUUCCAUGUGUAAGCCGAAAGCUAAAGAGAAUUAAAAAAGGUUGGGAAAAAAGCCAAUUUCUAGAAGAAGGUAUUGGAGGAGCAGUCCCUCAUCUCUCACCGGAGAGGGUUACAGUAAUGUGAUGAUAAAUGGUGCUCAUUGAUGCCAUGUAGAGUUCCACUCAUGCCAUUGUUUUUAUGACUUUCUUUAUGUCAUUUGCAAGUGCACUGUCAAAUUGAUGUGGGCUGAAAUCUGUCCAGUAAGAUCUCAACCAAAUUAGUGGUAGGAGUUUCUUGAAAUUAAUUUUCACAGAUGUCAUAUUUUGGCAAUGUGAAUUUUUGUUGUCAACUUGUCCAUUUUGUUUUGCACAACCAUAACACUCCUGUCAUUUUAACAAACUGUAUUCCAUAAUCAGGCAAAGAUAUUUCUGGUUAAUAAUAUAGAUACAACAUAAUGUUAAAAAGAAAACCAGCAGAAUUUUAAGUUUUAGUAUAAUUUAAUGGAUAUAUAUUUUUUUUUCUGAAGCUUACUUAAGGUUUUAAUUGUUAUCCAGCUCAAGAAAUAGAAAUGCAUAAUCACACAUUAACUUUAAGAAAGGUCACAUUACAUUAGCAUCUAGGCAGGGGUAAAUGGUAACAUUCCUAUAUUUUUCUCAUAAGAUCGAUUUUGAAGAAUGUAAUUGUAUGAACCAGUGUGAUCUGUGAACAAACACAAAUUAAAAAAAAUAGAAUCUGAUAUUUGAAAUGCAAUGGAGACAUGAAAUGCAUACUGAUAAUAUGUACCUCAUGAAAGAUUUUAUUCCUUAUCUUGUUACAGAGCAGUUUCAUUUGCCUGUUAUUAUGUUGGUUAGGGAGAAGACCAUGAUAUUUGGCUUCCAAAAGUGAUUUUUCUAAUGUGGUACCAAGCCUGGGAAUCUUACAGUUGUUUUCACUUAGAGGGAAGGUGUGAAGUUUACCCACCAAUAGUUGUUUGUCAGCUGAUCUACGUUGUUGCACGUUGGUCAGACCCCACUUUUAUCUGCUAUAAGAUUUUACUGACAUUCGCUGAGGGAUGGUAACAUGCCAGGCACUGUUCUAAACAACUUUACUUAUAUUAUCCCAUGUUGAUAUUUACAACAACUCCACGACAGAGGUAGUUACUAUUCUCAUUUUACGUAUGAGAAAACAGAAGGAUAGAAGAGUAAUUUGCCCAAGGUCAUGCAGUUAGUAAGAGGCAGAGCCAGCAUGCAAGUCGAGGCAGUCCCAUUUCAGAGGCUCCAGUUUUAACCACCAGGCUGAUGGUCCCUGCUCCAUCCCCAUGCGUUACCAUCAUGAUGCCAAUCUGGAUGCUUCCUCUUUGGUCAGUAAAGGCAUUGACAUUCUUUACAGUGUGUUGUGGGUAUCAAAAAUUUAUGAAAAUAUUACAGUCAUAAAUUUAUGAUUGCUUGUGGGAUAAACUACAGUUCCUUACCUUGCAAGAGGAUCUUGUCUGGGACAUGACCUUGGAGACCCAUGGUGGUCCAAUAUGAUUCCCUAUGCAGUGAGGGACUCCAGCAGAGAUAGGACCAUAGCAGUUUUAAUGAAUGGCUGAGGUCCUACAGAAUCUUUAAAAAUCCCUGUAGAAUUUUUUCUCUUCCUGAGAAGUCCUCCUGCCUGUUCAACCGUUCAUUAGGGAGCAGUUUGCAAGCAUUAAGGAUAUUAAGAAAAGUGGUUAGGGGCGCCUGGGUGGCUCAGUCAUUAAGCGUCUGCCUUCUGCUCAGGUCGUGAUCCCAGGGUCCUGGGAUCGAGCCCCGCAUCGGGCUCCCUGCUCCGCGGGAGGCCUGCUUCUCCCUCUCCCACUCCCCCUGCUUGUGUUCCCUCUUUCACUGUGUCUCUUGUCAAAUAAAUAAAUAAAAUAUUUAAAAAAGUGGUUAAUUAUAAAUCUCUAGAGAUAUAAUAAUCAUACAUAUUAUUCAUAAAAUUUUUUAGUGCUGACAUUCCACAUUAAAAUUGCAUUUUGUUCAAACCUUGAUUAGAAUGCCCGACAUUUUUUUCCCAUUUGUUCUUUCCUUAUUAAACUAGAAAGUUGCAGAUAAGAUACAAGUAUAUGCAUUAUGUAAUUAUAUAUCCUGAAAUUAUAACUUUUCUAAACUUACCCACUGAGGUACUACUGAAUCCAGCCAAAAUAAAAGGAGUUUUGGUGUGGGGGCAGAGGGAGAGAGAGAAUCUUAAGCAGGCUGCUCACCCAGGGGCCCAAUGGGGGGCUUGAUCUCAUGACCUGAGCCAAGAUCAGGAGUCGGACAACUAACCAAGUGAGCCACCCAGGCAUCCAUAGAAGGAGUUUUAUCUAGUUGGAAGCUACCUUCCCCACCAUUGGCUCUUUCCCUACUGCUGCACCCUGUCCAUUUGGUAAAUCACUCAUGAGUCUCUGGUGUUCUCUUCUUGGUGAAUUUAAGUAUCUUGUACUUCUUAAUUGAGCUCUCCAUUUUCUUUAUUUUAAUUCUGUUCUUUCCCUCUUGAUAAUCACUUACUUGCUAGUUUUUAGUAGGAAUUCAGUUGGGUGAUAACUUUUAAAGGGAAAUACCCAUAAACUGUUGUAGGGCAUUACUGAAGUUAACAGCAUAUUUUCAAUAUUUGCUCCUCAAGUUUCACUCUCAAGACCAUGCUUUCACCAGUUAAUGUGAAAAUACAAUGAAAUAUUCUUAAAAGUUAGAUGACUAUUGAAUUAUAUUGUUGCAUGUGUAUAUUAAGUAGCCAAUAAUAUAAAUAACAUCACUACUACAGAUAAAUGGGGCCUUUGAAAAUGUGAAAAUAAAAACAAAAUUUAUGAAAAUGUAUAUAGGAUGAAGCUUUUGUUUCAAAUGAUAAUAUCUCCUUUUUAGUACUACAAAGAUGAAAUAAUUUUGAAGUUUUAGAAUAAAUGUAAUAUAUUCAUUAUAAUUCUAAAUGUUUAAAAGCCUUUCUAAAAAUACAGAAAUAUUGACUUUUAUUUAUUUGACUUUUAUUGCUUUAUUUUACCAUUUUCUACCAGAUUAUUUUUCUUAGUCAUUAUUUCUCGUAAUCACUUUUUUUUAAGUCAUUACUCUGGCCUCAGAAGUAGGACUGAAUUCUGCUCUUGCUAGGUGUGAGAAGGUGGUGGGAACUUUCAAGUAGUGCAGUUUGUUUCCUGAUGUGUAUUAUGAGAAGUGCCCCUGAGAAAAUUAUAAGAAUGUAGAAAAUAUACCCAGUCUUAAUCCUAUGCAAAAAAACGAAGUAAUUUUUUCCUAAGAGGAAAAUAAUCAUGGGCUGAAUCAUGCUAUUUAGCGUUUGUGUGCAGAUUUCAUAUGUCUCCUUUAUUAAGAAUAUUUAAAACCAUGUUUAAAUAAGAUUAUAUUCAUGCUAACAUAUAUUUUUCAAAGCAUAUAUGGAAAUUUAGCCCAGAUUGUCUACAUGUAGAGAUUUUUAUUUAAAUUUUAAAAUAUUUUAAAGUAUGAAGAAAUUAUAUUUAUAGGUAUUUAUCGGAGAUAAUUAUUUUGUGCUACAUACAGGAUUGGCUAGUGAGCUCCAGUAUUAAACUACCUGAUUAAUUUCUUAUAAAUUAGCCUAAUCUUGACUUGAUUAAGGAAUUUUACUUUCAAAAUUAAUUUGAUAAUAGUAAUUUAAGGUAUAUUCAUACUCACAAAUUAUGAAAAUUAUUUGUGUAAAAGGGCUUCAAGAAUAUAUCAUAUCCGAUUUUUGUAUUGUUUAUCUUAUGUAAUAUAAAAUUUUAAUUGUUUUUAAUUGCCUUUUGCCAUUAAACUGUUUCAUAAUAAAUUCUGUACGAAGAGUUUUGCCCCCAAAUAGAGGUUUAUUUGUGAAAUGUCAGGUUUCUUAUGUGAUAUUUUAAAUAAAGGACCCAUAAAUGUAACUCAUAACUAUUUCUUUAGGAAUACUUUAAACAUUGAACCUGCGUCAGUCUAUAGAAUCUCUGUUUUGAAAUAAGUAUUCAAACAGCCUAAAAUUUGGUGUUGAAAUUAUUUUGUCAAUUCCUGACUUAAAGUAUUGCUACACAUAGUAUAACAUGCCUCAGUCGUGUUAAGAUUUCUACUUGUGAUGUGUUGUCAUGAAAAGGAGAUAGAUGCUCUACCCUCAGUUGUUCAGAAGUCAGUAAAAUGGAUUAUGGUAAAUAUUCAGUAUAUGUAAUUGCUCUAAAUGAACCUGUACUGAUUUUAGUGGAAACACAGUCUGUUCUUACCUUUGAACAGUGAAUUUUACAGGAAUGAAUGGGUUCUUCAGGUUUUUUAAUGCAAGAAAAUUAUAAAGUGCUAAUAUUCAGAGAUUCUGUCCAAAACAAUAUUUAGUUCAGCCUAACACACAUACAUUCUGAGAUUUUUUUUAAUUUUCCAAAUCCCCUUGGCCUUCCAUCAUGCAGUCAUCCAAAAUUAGGGCAGGCUAUACAUACAGGAUUCUCCCAGUGGCUGGAUAGGCUAAAUUAAAUCACCAAAACAGGUGCUUUUGUAUGAUUUUCAAGUUGCCAGCUUCAAGGAAGUAUCCUCUUAAGAUUUUCCUUGAAGGUCCUUCAUAGCUUUGCAGGUAUCCAGCCUGCACAGGAACUGGAAGUUGUCUCCCAAUGUCUGGUUACCCUACUUCUUUAAAAGCUGCUGCCCAUCACAUUACUCAACUGCCCUUGCAGUUAGGUGUCCCAGUGGGACUGAGGGCCAGUGAGAUGUAGGGGGACGUAUGGGUAACUUCUUAGAAGUCUCUUCAAAGAAAAGCAGCAUGUGUUCUUUAUCUCAUUCCUCCAUCUUGCCGCCGGAAUUGUGGAUACAACAGGAGGCCUGGCAAAUGUCCCAGACGACCAAGGCCACACCCUAAGGAAUGCCAGUUAGAAACUAGAAAGAUCUUGACCCCUUCACUAUUCGACUCCCUUUUCCUAUAUUUGACCCACUGUAUAUUUGGGUUUCUUUAUAUGAAGUCAAAACAAAUCCAUUCUGGCCUUCAGUUCUUUGUUGUGAUACUGUUUAACACUGUUUGAAAUGAACUAGAUUGCAGUAAAUCUUACCUUUAAAAGUUUUUAAAGGAUAAUGUGCAAUUCACAUUAGAAUUUAUUUUCCACUGUUAAUUAUACUCAUUUUCUUGCCUUGAUCUUUCCUUAGAUAUUUUGUACCUGCUUGGAAAAAUACCAUCUUCUUUAUGACUGUGUAAUGGGUAUUUGCUAAAACUCUGUAAUCUCCAAAAUAUUGCUAUCAAAUUACAUGCCAUGUUUUUAUAUCAUUCUCAUAGAUAUGCCUUAUGAACAUCUAAAUAAAAAGUAUUAUUUAAUGUGU